AUGGAGGAGCAUUUAGCUAAGGGCAUGAUUUACCCUCCAUUCACUAAUAUCAGAAAGAUCUCUGCUCACAUUGCUGCUAAGAAAUGCUUUGUAGGUGUGGCGACAAGUCUCCCCCGACCUGAGAAUCUGGUGAAGUAUGCUGAAAGGUGUAUGUACACUCCUACUUACCGGACAUACCAUUGA